AUGGCUGAGAAGAACAACCAGGCUUAUCCUAUAGCCCCAGCAAAUGGUAAUGCAAGAAGUGAUGGAGAGUCUUUGGUAUCCGAAGAUGAGCUCAAACGCAGGAAGAGAAUUAAGUUGUUUACCUAUAUUGGUAUCUUCAUUGUGUUUCAGAUCAUAGUCAUGACUGUAUUUGGUCUUACUGUGAUGAAAGUCAAGACCCCCAAGGCCAGGUUAGGGGAAAUCAACAUCCAAAGUCUCAACUCGGUCCCCGCAACACCAUCGUUCGACAUAAGCUUCACAACCCAAAUCAGGAUAAAGAACACAAAUUGGGGUCCCUACAAGUUUGAUGCAGGGACUGCCACAUUCAUGUACCAAGGUGUGCCUGUGGGACAAGUUACUAUUCCAAAGAGCAAGGCUGGAAUGCGUUCUACCAAGAAGAUCAACGUCGAGGUAGUUUUGAAUAGCAACGUAUUGCCAAACAGUUCUACUCUUGGAAGUGUAUUGAACAGUGGGGUGUUGACGCUAACCAGCCAAGUUCAACUAAAAGGAAAAGUCGAAUUGAUGCUCAUAAUGAAGAAAAACAAGAGUGCUUCCAUGGACUGCACCAUAGCUUUUGAUUUGGCUUCAAAGGUGGUUAAAACUUUACAAUGCAAGUGA